AUGAUAAAUCAAACGACAUUCACAGAAUUCUUUCUCCUUGGAUUUUCUGAUGUUUGGAUCACACAGCAUGUGCUUUUUGUGCUGUUUUUAUGCAUGUACUUUGUCGCCUUGAUGGGGAACUUUCUCAUCAUCCUCACCGUAGCCCAGGACCACAAUCUUCACAGUCCUAUGUAUUUCUUCCUUUGCAACCUAUCGUUUCUAGAUGCCUGCUUCAUUUCAACCACGGUUCCCAAAUCUCUGGCAAAUGCCUUGAUGUAUGAGAAAUUGAUUUCAUUCACUGGGUGCGUCAUGCAGGUUUUUUUGACUUUCACAUUUGCAAGUGCAGAGCUCUUUAUUCUCACUGUCAUGGCAUACGACCGCUAUGUCGCCAUCUGCCAUCCUCUGCAGUACAGGCUGAUUAUGAACUGGAAUGCCUGCCUCCAAAUAGCAGCUGCUGCUUGGGUCAGCAGUGUGAUCAAUUCAGUGGCAAACACAGCAAACACAUUCAGGUUAAAUUUCUGCUGGUCCAAUGUCAUUGAGCAAUUUUUCUGUGAUAUCCCCCAGUUGUUAAUGUUAUCUUGCAGUGAUACAACAGCCAAUAGAUGGCUCUUGUUUAUGCUUGGAAUGAUUGUGGCCUCCUUUUGUUUCUUCUUUGUCCUGGUUUCCUAUGGUUACAUUUUCUCUACUGUGUUCAAGAUUCAGUCAGCUCAGGCCAGGCAUAAAGCCUUCUCCACCUGCACUCCCCACUUGGGUGUGUUUUGUUUGUUUUUGAGUACCGCCAUAUUUUCUUACUUGAGGCCAAAGUCCUUGUCCUCUCGGCGGGUGGAUUUGCUGUCUGCUGUUUUGUAUGCAGUUUUACCACCACUGAUGAAUCCCAUCAUAUAUAGCUUGAGGAACAAAGAAAUCCAAAGGGCUGUGUGGAAAAUGGCCAAGAAAAGAUGCCUGCUUUUUUAG